AUGUCGGAAUUUGAUCCACAGGAAGAUGAGGGCUACGACUGCGACUCGUAUCAGCAGUCGCCGGGCGUCCAUUACAGGCAAGCCAGCUUGACUAGCUACUCGGCCUAUGCGACUCCACAAAACGAGAUCGCACCCGGACAACAACAAGCGUACUAUGGGCACCCCUAUCCCAAUGUAGCAACGGAUGCGAGAAGUUGGUCCCAGGAAGCAAGCACCUAUCAGGGCGAAGCCAAUCAAUGGAGCAUGCACCGCGCCGCAUAUGCUCAGCCUGGAAUGACAUACCCGGCCGCCUACUCGGAUUUUUUCGAGGGUACGGAUGAGGCUGUACAUGGGAAUCCCUCUGGGUUCCAGUUCCCGGGGGCCGAAUCUUCCGGAGGAAACUAUGGGCCCGGGGCUGCUGAAUAUCACCAUCCAAACACAGCCGGUCACUCAGCCCACACGAACUACAGAUAUCCUCAUGCGUCGACCAUGAACUAUCCACAGGGAGCACAGGGGGUUUACGGAGGGGCUUCCCACUUAGAUGGCACACCGGCGCUGAGAGUGCAUCAACCAGCAGAUUCCGGACGGGGAGAGCUUGUACGUUCGGCAAGCACAAGCGGGUAUUCGGAAGGCUCUGCCCAUGCUCUUUCAACUGCUGGAUCGUCGAUGCUGAGUCCGAAUUAUGGACACGAGGCAGAAUAUGAAGAGGAAGCAAGCUCCGAAGGCUCACGCUCGCCGGACGCGCAGGUGCCGGCGUCACCGAACACGGCGAACGACCCGGAGCGCAAGUGGAAAUGCAAGCAAUCCGAGUGUGCGGAGAGAAAAGGGUUCAAGCGGCACACUGAUCUCGUGAGGCACAUGAGCACGGUACACCACCGGGAGGACCAGGGAAAAUUCGAUUGCGUCCAACGGACAUGUCCGAGGAAAGGGGAAAACGGAUUUACAAGGAAGGAUCAUCUGACGGAGCAUCUGAGAAACUUCCAUUUGCGGUCCAUCCCGAAGCGGAGGGGCCGCAGUGGAAAGAGCCCUGAGUAG